AUGUCGGCGCUACCGGAUGCUCCUAUUGUGGCGCUAUCAAUUACUGCUUACAUCGGAUACCAUGCAUUCUUACUGUUUAAUGUCUUUACGAAACCUGAAUUGACAGUCAUUGGAAUCACGCGGAAGGCCAGAGCAAACUGGAUUGCCGGAAUCAUGUCUAAACAGGACGGAAGCCUCGGCGUGCUAGCAAUUCAGACCUUACGCAACUACUUGAUGAUAUCCUCAGCGAUGGGAUCUGUAGCAAUAACAUUGAGUGUAGCAAUCAUGGCAGUCGUAGGCUCCCUAUCUGGCAAAUCAUCAGAAGGAACUAUGACCUUCCUGUCCGGUUUCAGUGACGUGUUCAAAAUCAACAUUGCCAUUCUAAUUGCCACCUUUGUCUGUGCCUUUGUAUGCUUUUUGGAAUCUAUGCGGUAUAUGAAUCACACGGGAUUUAUUAUUACGACUGUCCCUCCGAAACAACCUGGCUCUGAGAGGUCGUUGGUGAGGCCGGACAAGGCAAAGGCUAUGGUGCUGCUGGCUACGAGGAUGGUUAAUCGGGGUGCUUUGUUUCAUACUUUUGGAAUCCGUUUCUUACUGUACGCCUUCCCAGUACUCAGCUGGUUGUUCUCUCCGUGGGCCUUACUAGUCACAACAGUCCUCUUACUCGUCAUGUGCUACGUCCUAGACGAAGAAAACGCUGAAGGAUUUGGUGGUCGCAAGGCAUCAGAAAUUAGGCUGCUCCAACGUCGAUUGGGAGAAUCUCAAGAUGAGGAGAUGGAGAUAAAUCCACUAUCAACAGAAUCAAGACCUACCCGUUUAGAUGCCAAUGUGGGGAAGGAGAUGGCUGAAUCGGACUUGGGUACUAGGUAA